CCACGGAGUCCGCCAGCGCCAACACCGCGGCGGCCACCGCCGCCUCGCGGGCCGCGGGUGCCGGGGACCAGGCAACCUCGCUGCCCCCGCCCAGGAUGCAGCGCAGGAAGAGGAACGCGGGCAGCAGCUCGGAUGGAACAGAGGACUCGGAUUUCUCCACGGAUCCCGAGCACACGGACAGCUCCGAGAGCGACGGCACCUCCCGGAGAUCCGCCCGCGUCACCCGCUCCUCCGCCAGGCUCAGCCAGAGCUCCCAGGACUCCAGCCCGGUGCGGAACCCUCCGGCGCUGGGGCCGGACGAGCCGGUGUACUCCACGCGGAGGGUGACCCGCAGCCAGCAGCAGCCGGCUCCCGUCACCCCCAAGAAGUACCCGCUGCGCCAGACCCGCUCCUCCGGCUCCGAGACGGAGCAGGCCGUGGAUUUCUCGGACAGAGACACCAAAAACGCUGCGGAUCACGACGAGUCCCCUCCCCGCACCCCCACGGGCAACGCGCCCUCCUCCGAGUCCGACAUCGACAUCUCCAGCCCCAACGUGUCCCACGACGAGAGCCUGGCCAAGGACAUGUCCAUGAAGGACUCGGGCAGCGACCUCUCGCACCGGCCCAAGCGCCGCCGCUUCCACGAGAGCUACAACUUCAACAUGAAGUGUCCCACUCCUGGCUGCAACUCCCUGGGACACCUGACCGGGAAGCACGAGCGCCACUUCUCCAUCUCGGGCUGCCCUCUGUACCACAACCUCUCUGCAGACGAGUGCAAGGUGCGAGCGCAGAGCCGGGACAAGCAGAUCGAGGAGCGGAUGUUGGCCCACAGGCAGGAUGACAACAACAGGCACGCCACCAGGCACCAGGCCCCCACGGAGAGGCAGCUGCGCUACAAGGAGAAGGUGGCCGAGCUGAGGAAGAAGAGGAACUCGGGGCUGAGCAAGGAGCAGAAGGAGAAAUACAUGGAGCACAGGCAAACCUAUGGCAACACCAGGGAGCCUCUCCUGGAGAACCUGACCAGCGAGUACGACCUGGAGCUGUUCCGGAGGGCUCAGGCACGCGCCUCCGAGGACCUGGAGAAGCUGAGGCUGCAGGGGCAGAUCACCGAGGGCAGCAACAUGAUCAAGACCAUCGCGUUCGGGCGCUACGAGCUGGACACGUGGUACCACUCGCCCUACCCCGAGGAGUACGCGCGCCUCGGGCGCCUCUACAUGUGCGAGUUCUGCCUCAAGUACAUGAAGAGCCAGACCAUCCUGCGCCGGCACAUGGCCAAGUGUGUGUGGAAGCACCCCCCUGGGGACGAGAUCUACCGCAAGGGCUCCAUCUCCGUCUUCGAGGUGGACGGCAAGAAGAACAAGAUCUACUGUCAGAACCUGUGUCUGCUGGCAAAGCUUUUCCUGGACCACAAAACCCUUUAUUACGACGUGGAGCCCUUCCUGUUCUACGUCAUGACAGAGGCCGACAACACCGGCUGCCACCUGAUCGGGUAUUUCUCCAAGGAGAAGAAUUCCUUCCUCAACUACAACGUGUCCUGCAUCCUGACCAUGCCCCAGUACAUGAGACAGGGCUAUGGCAAAAUGCUCAUUGACUUCAGCUAUUUGCUGUCGAAGGUGGAGGAGAAGGUGGGGUCCCCCGAGCGUCCCCUGUCCGACCUGGGCCUGAUCAGCUACAGGAGCUACUGGAAGGAAGUUCUGCUGCGCUACCUGCACAACUUCCAGGGCAAGGAGAUCUCCAUCAAAGAGAUCAGCCAGGAGACCGCUGUGAACCCCGUGGACAUCGUCAGCACCCUGCAGGCCCUGCAGAUGCUCAAGUACUGGAAGGGCAAACACCUGGUCCUCAAGAGGCAGGACCUGAUCGACGAGUGGAUCGCCAAGGAGGCCAAGAGAUCCAACAGCAACAAGACCAUGGAUCCCAGCUGCCUCAAGUGGACCCCUCCCAAGGGCACCUAAGCGUCCCCAGGGCCGGGCUCGGUGCCACCCUGCCCGGCGUCCCCACAGUUCUGAGGAACUCGGAUGUUUCGGCCUCAGUGAGGCCGUGUGAGGACUGGAAGUGUCUGGGAGCCCCAGGGAGCCGAGGAGCUCCGAUUGCUGGGCCUGUCCCUGCUGUCCCUGCUGUCCUGCUCCAUCCUCCUGUCCCUCCUGCAGCCCCCCGGGCUCAGCCGGCUGCAGACGCUUCCCUGGAGCUGCUCCCGUCCCGUUCCACGUCCCAGAUAGCUUCAGUGGGAUCGUGUCCCCCUCUUGCAGCAGUUUUCCCUCGGAUCCAGCAGAUCUUCGCUUAGUUCCUGUUGUACAGCCAGGAUUGCACCCGAGGCAGGGACGGGGUGUUCCUGUCACCCCUCCCGGAGCCACCGCAGCCCUGCUGGAAGCGCCUCUGGAUUAGAAUUCCUGUUUUUUCCUGGUGUGUA